AUGGCAUCUGGCGAAUACCAGAAGUAUUUCGAAGAUUUCGUGAAAGUCGUGGAUGGGAAACUGAAAUCGCCGAGAGAUAUUGUUGCGGCCAUGACCAAGAUAUAUCCCGAUCGAUUCAAUACCGGAGCAGUCGUCAUGGGCGCAAUGGAGCAUUUCAGGUAG